CGGCAAAUCCCGUCAUCUGCCGUCUGCUGAAGCCGCUGCACCUCAUUGCUGGCACGAGACAGGGCGCCAGUGGCAGUAGCAGGUGCGUAGGGGUCUGAUUCUGGUGGGCCGCUGGUGGGAAUGUAACGCUUUCACUUUUGUGCUCGUCGAUUUUGUUGAGAGCCCCAACCACACCCCGCGAUCGCAUUGCAAACAAGCCAGGUUUUUCACGCAUUCCACCUCGCGAGGGAAUGGAUUAAAAAGCACGCUUAGUCUCUCGGCGCUCACCGUCUUCUACGAGCUUUACGAGCUCCCACUAAAACCCCCCGCGAGGGUCCCAAACCCACCUGCGCCUUCAUCUAGCCUAUCCCGCUCGCGCAGGAGCUUCAGACCUAGUCAAGAUGCUCCCUUAUAUCAGCAUACCGUUCAUCUAUCUGUCUGGCAAGAUAGGCGCCGCCCCAGAUGACCUUAAACUUGUCGCGACGUUUCUCAUGUCGUAUCCCCUCGCGGGACUUCUCAAACGAAUCCCUGACUCUAAACCUCACCACAAGAACAUCUUCAGUAUAGCUAUCGCGCUCUUCUAUCUUGUCGGCCUGUUCGAUCUGUGGUCUGGACUGCGGACACUCUUUAUCUCGUCUGCCGGUGCUUAUGCUAUUGCAAAGUAUCUCAGAGGUUCCCCCUAUAUGCCAUGGGUCGGCUUCCUCUUCUUGAUGGGCCACAUGUCGGCCAACCAAUUGCACCGCCAGUUUGCCAACUCGCCCCAGACUACCGACAUCACGGGUGCUCAGAUGGUCAUGGUCAUGAAGUUAUCGGCCUUCUGCUGGAACGUCGCCGACGGCACCCUCCCUGACGACCAGCUCUCGGACUUCCAGCGUGAUCGUGUCAUCCGCAAGUUGCCCUCCCUGCUCGACUACGCCGGCUAUGUCCUUUUCUUCCCGUCCCUUCUCGUUGGUCCUGCUUUCGACUACGCCGAGUACAGCCGCUGGCUCGACACAUCCAUGUUCGAUACUCCUGCUGCUGUCGACCCUGUCAAGAAGGCCCCGACUAGAAAGAAGCGCCGCAUUCCGCGGUCGGCAACUCCUGCCAUCAUGACGAUGCUCACCGGCCUCGGCUGGACCCUAGCGUUCGUGUACCUUUCGUCCUUCUACCACGCCGACGUGGUAACAGGCCCCGAGUACAUGCGCUACUCGUUCCUGCGUCGCGUCUUCAUCCUGCACAUGUUCAACUUCACCGCCCGCUGCAAGUACUACGGCGCCUGGUCUCUGUCCGAAGGCUCCUGCAUCCUAGCCGGGCUGAGCUACAACGGUGUCGACCCCGUGACGGGGAAGGUGGCCUGGGACCGCGUCCAGAACAUCUACCCCUGGGGUGUGGAGUCGGCGCAGAACACGCGCGCGUACAUCGAAAACUGGAACAAGAAGACCAACAUGUGGCUCCGCAACUACAUCUACCUCCGUGUCACCCCCAUGGGUAAAAAGCCCGGUUUCCGGGCGAGCAUGGCCACCUUUGCGACCAGCGCCACAUGGCACGGCUUUUACCCUGGCUACUACCUGACCUUUAUCCUCGCCAGCUUCAUCCAGACAGUUGCGAAGAACUUUCGUCGCUACUGUCGGCCUUUCUUCUUGGACCCGGCGACUCAGAAGCCCCUGCCUAGCAAGCGCCUCUACGAUGUGUUCUCAUACUUGGUGACGCAGCUCACCUUUACCUUCGCAACCACACCAUUCCUGCUCCUGGCCCUGGACACGUCGCUACUGGUGUGGGCUCGCGUUUACUUCUACGCCAUCGGCGGCAUCAUAGCCAGCAUGGCAUUCUUCGCCUCGCCCGCAAAGGCACUGCUCCGCAAGAAGCUGGAUGAGAGGCAGGCCAAAUCGGCUGGCACUAACGGCAGCAAGGGACGGGGGGCAGCCCUCGAGCGUACUUCAAGUACAGACAGCAUUAACAGGCUGCCCGUGCUAGGUAUUAGCGGUGAUCCGGCUCGGGAGAUGGACGAGGCUAUGGCCGAGAUCAAGAGCGAGAUCGAAUCGCGCGCCCGCAAGACAUCUGCGGCUGCCCACAAGAGCUGAGCUACAAUGAUCCCUACAGCUACAUAAUUUGUUCAAGCAAAGUCGCGAGGUGCCCACCAGCGAGACGCGAAUGCGCCAGAGCGUCUGCGCGCACAAGAAUCCGGUUUGCCCCGUACGAACACGACACCAAUAACGCCAUCGUCUUGAAAUUCUCGAUUUCUUGAUGGGUUCAUCGAACGGACUAUGCACUGGGCGUUUUAGGCUCUCGUGAUCCAUGGCGAGAAUGGAGUGAUGCCGCCACUACGCACAGCGGUCGGGUAUGCAUGCGAUGGCGUGUGGGGCAAGCGCUGAGAAAGACGCGGCGUAAGCCUUUGUGUCUUUCCGUAUCCAGGUUUCGCCAUCUAACAGGUACGUUGGUGCUGUCACGACGACACUUGAUGGCGGAUUCCUACCUUUGGAUGAUCUUCAUUUCAUAUGGGGAGUGGCCUUAGACGAGCCACAGCAAUUCAAUCAGGCAUUUGCCUAUUGGAACUUCCCUUCCCCCCGUCUUUUGUACGGAUACCCCAAAUGUAUGUAUCGAUGCGGACCGGCCAUCGUCCACUGCCAUCCACUCAGGCGGCGGUCAGAAGGGUAGGUGGCUGAUACCAAGGGAGACUUCCCAUGGGCCGGGGUUACGAAAGCCCGGUGGCAUGACAUAGCAAUGUCAUGCUUGGGAAACCCAGAGGAUAGAGGAGGUGGGCGUCGUGUCAGCCAGUUGGGACGCAAAUGUCAUGCUCGGUUUUACAUCGAAUCGCUUGAGUGGCAGACAACGGCCGUGUGCAAGGUUGUGUCAAGCUCGGUAGACAAUUCUUUAGAUAUUAUUGUCGAGCAGGGGCCUUUUCCAGUCCCUGUUGACUCGCAAGGCGGGUGCUGCUCUGGGUAUCUAGGUAGGUAAGGAUCCAAGAUGGAUGUGCAAGGACACAUUAUGGAAAGAAAUUAGUCCUUCGCACGCGACGCCAUGGAUAUCGACGCGGCGGGCUUCAAGUUAUGCGUCAGAAAUGCCCAGAAGGAAAUCAGGAAGGAGAGGAUGAUGUGUUGGCAAAUUGGCAUGGGUGGAGGAUGUCCAAGAGGAAUAUAGUUGGGCCAAACACCUUAUACAGAGAUAUGGAAGGAUGUAGAAAACUCGGUUCUGGGAACAAUCAAAACCGCUCUCGGAUCGACGCCUUGGUAUUUUCCGUCGACUGAAUACGAAAAAGAUAAACCAAAAUAAAAAACGUGACGG